AGCCCGCAAUUAUCAAACAACUUCUUAAAGGGUUCCACUUUGGGCUUUGGCCUCCACCAACUGUUAAAAAAAUCCGAUGCUCUGACGCCACCAUGCAUUUGUCCGAUUUGAUUUCUGCAGGCUGAUUUGCAUGAAUUUCAAUUCCUGUUCCAUAUAAUAAUUUCGAUUUAAAGUCCCGAAAGGGUUAAAACAACAAGAAGUCUUCCAAGUCUUUACUUUUGGUCGGAUCUUUCAACGGUUUCCGAGUUGGGACCCAACACCAACCUCCGGCGUAGCCAAAACUGUGUCUUCUUGUUCCGUUCUCUUAUCAACGAAGCCAAAAAAAAAAAAAAAAUCAAAAGGGAAAUCAAAUAAAUAGAGAAAAAAGAAGGAAUGGGAGAUCUCUUUAUAUGGAUUCUUUCUUUCUUCAUCCUCAUUGCCCUUAUUGUUCUCCUUGUUUAUCAGCUUAUGUGCUUGGCUGAUUUAGAAUUCGAUUACAUCAAUCCCUACGAUUCUUCAUCGCGGAUAAACAGCGUGGUCUUACCGGAAUUUGUAGUACAAGGAAUUUUAUGUUUAUUCUAUCUGUUAACGGGGCAUUGGAUCAUGGCGCUGAUAUCUGCUCCGUAUUUAUACUACAAUGUUAGACUUUACGCACAGAGACAGCACCUGGUAGAUGUCACCGAGAUAUUUAAUUUGCUUCAUAGGGAGAAGAAGCGACGCCUUUUUAAACUCGCCUACCUCGUCGUUCUCCUCUUUUUCGAUAUAUUCUGGAUGAUCUGGUCCGCGAUUGAAGACGAUGAUGAUUAACCGGAGCCGUCACCUAUCUCAACUACUGCCAUUAAUCGUCCAUUAACAUCAUUAUUUUUUCCUGCCUUGUUUCAGCUCGGAUCUGUUGUAACUGAUUUAGCAUAAAUGGAAGGUUGUAUUGAGGAAAUAUCAGUUGGUUUUAGUUCAAUAUAUUUUUUUCAAGCAUCUGGUAUUUGUUGUUUUUUAGGCCUUAAGCUAGCC